UGGUUGUUAUAGUGAUAAACUGAGGCCUUGCCUCUUGGCUUCUCCGAGAAAGAAAGGGGAGGGGGGUAACCUCUUUACUUCCCCCAGGGAAGACAGAAAGAAGGGAAGAAGGGGGAUGGGUAGGGAAGAGAAAAAUACGUGACAAAGAAAAACAUUCUCUGCCUGGGAGGAGACUCACUGAGGGUGUAGAGCUGGAGGGAGCAGUCACUGGCCAUGCCAGUACUUACCACUGAUGCUGAGUCAGAAACAGGUAUCCCAAAAUCCCUUUCCAAUGAGCCUCCCUCAGAAACCAUGGAGGAGAUAGAGCACACAUGCCCACAGCCUCGACUGACCCUGACCGCACCUGCUCCAUUUGCAGAUGAAACCAGUUGCCAAUGCCAAGCACCCCAUGAAAAACUGACCAUUGCUCAGGCCCGCUUAGGGACACCAGUUGACAGGCCUGUCAGAGUAUAUGCAGAUGGAAUAUUUGACCUCUUCCACUCUGGUCAUGCUAGGGCACUUAUGCAAGCAAAAACACUGUUUCCCAACAGCUACUUGUUGGUUGGAGUUUGCAGUGAUGAUCUCACCCACAAAUUCAAAGGUUUCACUGUGAUGAAUGAAGCAGAGAGGUAUGAAGCUCUCAGACACUGUCGCUAUGUGGAUGAAGUAAUCAGAGAUGCUCCAUGGACACUCACACCAGAGUUUCUGGAAAAACACAAGAUUGACUUCGUGGCUCAUGAUGACAUUCCGUAUUCUUCUGCUGGCUCUGAUGAUGUUUACAAGCAUAUAAAGGAAGCGGGGAUGUUUAUUCCAACUCAGAGAACAGAAGGCAUCUCAACUUCGGACAUCAUCACCAGAAUUGUCCGUGACUAUGAUGUUUAUGCUCGACGCAACCUCCAGAGAGGGUACACAGCCAAGGAACUAAAUGUCAGCUUUAUAAAUGAAAAGAAGUAUCGUUUCCAGAACCAGGUAGACAAGAUGAAGGAAAAAGUCAAGAAUGUGGAAGAAAGAUCAAAGGAAUUUGUGAACAGGGUAGAAGAAAAGAGUCAUGAUCUAAUUCAAAAGUGGGAAGAGAAGUCAAGGGAAUUCAUUGGCAACUUUCUAGAACUGUUUGGACCUGAUGGAGCAUGGAAGCAGAUGUUCCAGGAGAGGAGUAGCCGGAUGCUACAGGCCUUAUCCCCGAAGCAGAGCCCCGUGAGCAGCCCAACCAGGAGCCGGUCCCCUUCCCGCUCCCCAUCGCCCACUUUCUCAUGGCUUCCGAUCAAAUCCUCACCCCCCUCCUCACCCAAAGCAGCCUCAGCCUCCAUCAGCAGCAUGAGCGAAGGGGAUGAGGAUGAGAAGUAAAGGCUGCUAGCAGACAAGAGCUGCACCACGCAGGAUGGGGAGGAAGGAGGGCGGGGUCGCAGGGGAUACCUGGGUGGUGUUCAAAUGAUGAUAAUUGCAGGAGCUGCAGCUCAGCAGGGGAACCCUGAACUCUGCUAACUGUAGAUCUUGGGACCAGGUCCCCCUCAUUCUUCAUACAGCCCCAAAUUUAGGCUUGGCAUGGAGGUUUCCAGCCAGACAACCCAUAGAAAACCUUAGUAUCAUCUAGAAUCACUCCACUUUAACCUUGCUAAGGAAAGAUGCAGAGUGCCCCAGGGAGACUUGCACUGAGUGGGUGCCUUUUGCUUGCUUUGGUCCUUAUACCCACCACCAUCAAGUAAACUACUUGUGGACGUGGCUGUUCCCUCAUCCUGCUACUUCUGGCUCCAUAAGGGCCUUGCACGUUGCCUCCUACAACCCAAGCUCUGCUAGAAUAAAGUUUCCAAUAGAGGUGGCAAAGUGCUUCUUAGUCGAGCUAAAGACAAAUUCCAACCUUCUCAGUUCAGCCACAGAGACCCAACGGGGACACACAUCAGCUCUUUCUAGUCCCAGGAACGUGGCUUAUAGACAACCUUGCUUUUAGGCCACUUGCAAAAGUGUGACCCUUAACUUUGUAUUCAGAUGACAGCUUUUUCAAGGAGAGCUUCACAUAAGGCCUAAUGUGUUCCUGGUUGUACUUUCUCAUCAUUGAGUUAACUUCAUUGUUUUCCAGAAAUUACCUUAAUCCAUGGGAACUGCAACAGAGAAAAGCAUCCUACAUAUAAAAAACAAAAAAGAGGAGCUGCUGUGCUUUGGCUCCAAGUUGAGUAGAUGAUCAAUGUCUCCCUAAGGAUGCUAUUCCAUACGCUGGCUUUUCCCAUUUCUGGCCAGUUAACAGUCAUAGACCUCAAGUAACAGUUUGAUGUACCAUAGUAUACUGAUAGUGGGUGCUACCUGUUCUAUGCUCCAGUCAUGCCACCUUGAGGUGUAUACCAUAUGCAAUAUGAAUAUAUGGUGGUGGCAUUUUACAAUAUACUCCUCUCCUGCUCUCCACCCUCAUCCCCCUCCGAAAUCCUUGGUCUAAAGAACCAUGAGGUUCCCUUGUGACUUAGGGACUUUUGUCAGAAGCUCAUCCCAGAUUCCUGUAGAAAUGUUUUAUCCCAACCAGAAAAUGAGCAUGUGGUUCUCAUGGCCUCUUAUAACAUUUUAAGGCAAAUGGGGGGCUCUGGUGGGGGUUUACAGGGAAUGGUGGGCUCAGUUAUGAUCUCAGCAGACUGUAGUUGUCUCUGGCCCAAGGUUGGCCAAAUGGGAUGGAGACUAAGCAUUCCUGCUGGCUGAGCUGUCUGAAGUUACUGCUUCCAAAUCACCUGGAAUCAAUGAGCAGGUAGAGUGAAGGUUUAGAAGUGAACACGGGUUAAAACAGGUAUUGCCUGGUUAUCCCAGGAAUGUCAGAGAUGGAGCUGGGACGUGACUGAGCAGAGGCUCACACCAGCCACUUGUGGGCAGAGCCCAGCAUGUCUUGUGACAGAAACACCUCUUUUCAGGGGCCUUGGCAGCCAGCCUUCUAGAUGACAAAGGGGCAACCAGUGAAAGAAGGUGGCAUGUCUUUCCCCUUAAUGUUGGGGUUCAACUACCUCCCUGCCCACCCAGAGAUGAGUGCUAUUUAUUAGGAAGCAAAAUUAUGACGCUAAGCUGGCUUAGCACCUGUUUGUUCUUGGAACUUUCUCCAGAACUCUAUAAAGCACUCCUGUGGGACAGAGAGCUAGAAGGAACAUGGCAUGUGGGGCAAAACUUUUUGCAGUCAAGGCCUGCCCAGAGCAUUGCUCUGCAGAGUUGGGCAAAGGCCCCUUUCUUCCAUUGUGUCCAUUUGGUCUCUGUCUUCUGUCAUGCACCCAGGACAAACUGUGCAUGUAUGCCCACCAUUUCAGUUAGUUGGCACUUAUAGCAGUGAAAGGGUAAGACCAGCCAGUAAGUAGAGAUGGUGGAAAUGAGGGAAGGGAAAAGGGGGAAAGAAGUUCCUGGAGAGAGGAAAGCAGGAUGAAGAAAGUCUGCUUUCUUAAACCAUUUCAGGACUUCCCUUUGUAGGUAAAACUCUCUGAGAGGCCUUUUGUGCUCUUACUCCAUGGCUCAGGGCAGAUAGAUCCAUAGUUACCUGAAUCUUGCUCUGGAGCAGAUAGUGUGGGGUUGACAUAUCAUGCUGACUUACACACCAUACUGACAAGUGCCACUUCCAUGACUCAUUAGACAGUGCCGCCAGUGCUGCCAAUUAUGGGAAAUGACCAAUGCCUGGGAUAUUCCAGAGAUGGCCAAAACCACCCAUAAGUGAGUUCUAAAUCUCACCCUCCUAACCUCCAGCAAUAUCUCCCCACCUUCCCAAGGAUGCAGGCCUAUUGAGAAGGAAUGGGGAAGAUUCUGCAACCCAACUUUUGAUACUUCUUGGCCAUCUCGCAGUCUCUCCCAGCCCCUUUCCUCCCUCCAAUUCCCUGCACCCGGGAAGAGAUGGGGUUGUGCUUCCUCUGGGCCACCUAGUCAACUGUAAUGGCCAAGAGUGAGUGAAGGCUGGAAUGGGAAAUCUACAACGUAUUGGUCCAAGUUUGGAGGGGUAAGCAGAAAUGACAAGAAGCAAGAAAAGAGAUUGUUUUGCUCGAGCAAAGGAAGGACGUUUCAGGCUGAGGAGGCUUAGAGGACAGCAACUUAGGGGGCAGCUAAUGAAAAUGGGAGAAAAUGGGACUGAAGCAGGGUGGGAGCAGGAGGCAGUUCUUUCCUGCUCCCUUUCAAGUGUUAAGUUGCCCCCUAACAGGUGAAGAAGGAAGGGGUCCUUUAAUACACAUCCAAGGUAAGCAGAUACCCAUAGGAUGUGGGGUCCCUGCCUCUCAUUUCAGGGCUUAUGGGGACCCUGAAAGCAAACAUUCACCCCUCCACCAGCUAAGAAACGAGGGUGGGAUUUUUAUACCACAGUCACAUUGAAUGGCUCGUUUCUGGCAAAUGAGGAGGAGGGUGACAUGAGACAUCAGCCUGCCUGUGCACGUGGUGUGGGUGGCAGAGACGCAGCUGCGGGGCUUCAGUCUUGCUCCAUGCCUUAGGCUACUAGAUACCGUGACUCCACCCCUUGAGGGAUGGGAAGAGCGCGGAUUUAUUUUCUAUCUUCAGGACUUAUUUUAGCAUCAGUCAUACUCCAGGGAGGGAUGCCAGAUGGUGUUACUGGCUCCACUGAAGCAGAUGAAGCUGUAUCCAGCAGGGAUGUGCCUGUUUCUCAGGCAUCUGUGGAGCACUAGUCUCGGCCAUUAGAUUGUUUGAAAAAAAAAAUAGCUCAUGAGGCGUUUGCAACUU